CGGGGCUCCGUCUUCAAUGCCAUGGACGAUAUAACUAUAGCCAAGCCUACCAGAAGUCAUGAUUAGGGUUAUCAAGCCUUCCGAAACAUCUUCUUCUCGGCCACCAUGAAGCUUACCACUACUUCAUGCAUCUCCUUAACGCUGUGUGCGCACGCAAUAGCAGCCCCAAGCUAUCCGAAACAAACGCACGGUUCUUUCAAGUGGCGCUCUACGAAAUCUCUGGUAGCUUUUGGCGAUAGCUACACAUAUGUACAAGGCACGCUUGGUCAUGUGAAUUAUACUUUCAUCGGAGAUGAGUUCAACUUCUCUUUCACGCCCAAACAGCUCUUCUCAGAUCGCAUUGUGCAGAAUCUCACGGGAACGGCUGAAGGAGGACCAAACUGGGUCGAGUUCUUGACCGAAUGUGGUGUUGAGGAUGGCUUGCAUGACCCAAGGAAAUGCGAUGUUCAACUCUGGGACUUUGCAUAUGCCGGUGCAAACACUAUCAACGAAGCUGGAUUCACCCCCCUACACCACAACCAUACCGUCUCGCUCGAACGUCAAGCAGAACAAUUCGUCUCUUACGGUAACCCGGCCCUUGAAUCAAUCGAUCUCAACAAGAAGAAGGCACUAGUUGCGAUAUGGAUUGGUAUCAACGACAUCAACGACCUUGUUUCUACUCAAGGCAAGAAUGCAACUUUCGCACCGAGCUAUGAAAAGGUCCAGGACAGGUUAUUCAAGAGCGUGGAGAAGAUAUACAGUUUAGGUUACAAGAACUUCCUGUUCAUGAACCUGCCGCCCCUGGAUCGUGGUCCGGGAACGCCCAAUGUCAACGCCUCUAUGGUCUCUUCUUUCAACAAGAUCCAUGCUGAGCAUGCCGAUGCCUUUCAAAACCAACACAAAGACGUCAAGGUGCUCCAGUUCGAUGUCAACAGUGUUUUGAACAACGUGUUGGAUCACUACCAAGAUUACGGAUUCAAGAACGUCACAAACUACUGCCCUGGAUACAACCAGCCAGACAUCCUGACAGAUCCCGGCAAAUAUGGAUGUACGGAGUUGGAUACGUUUUUUUGGUACAACUCAGGUCAUCUAACAAGUAGGACGCACGAGAUAAUGACAAAGGCAUUGAGGAAAUGGUUGUUGAAGCAAUAGAUGGGGGCAAAUGAUGGAGCAUUGGAGAUAUAAACCUUGAAUACUCAUAACCUCACCUGUCUACAAGGCCCAAACUCUCUGAUCGCCUCUACUGUCUGACCUUUCUAGCUUGUUCAUCCUUCCAUACCAAAGCCGAAGAAUCGUUGCUAUUGCAGCAACUAGGAAACUGCACGCAGCGCACACGAAAUUUCCUGUUGGAAAU